AUGGUGCUCAAGAUUAUCAGCUUAUUCGCAGCUGUGGCCAUGGCACGCCACGCGCCAGCGCUGGUCCAGUCGAAUACCAGCGGCAUAGCGACGCAAGACUUCGUCCAGAAAGUCAACCACUCGAUCGACGGAGGCCCAGCAACAUUUAAGCAGCGGUACCAACUCAACACGAAGUACUUCGAGCCCGGCGGUCCGAUCCUCUUCAUACAGAGCGCCGAAGCUGGGAUGCCGGUGAUCAAUGCUAGCGAUUUCAUGGAUUACGCGCCGAAACUGGGAGCGCUUGUUGCGGUUCUCGAGCAUCGCUUCUUUGGCGACUUGCAUAGUGGUAGCUAUCCGCCCGGAUACAAUCCGAUGAAUAUCUCGAACGAAUCGUUUAGCUCGUUGACGCUGGAUAAUGUGCUUCAAGACGGAAUUAGUUUCGUCAAUUGGAUUAAGAGUACAGUUCUGGGGGCCAAGCAUAGUAAGGUAAUCUACGGUGGCUCUUCGUAUGGCGGAUUCCUGGCUGUCUUAGCACGAAUACGUUAUCCAGAUACAUUCCACGGCGCGAUCGCAUCGUCCCCCGCCCUAACUUCAUUUGGUCCCCUCACUUCUAACAGAUAUAAGUUCGACUCCGGGAAAUGGGCAGGCGACGUAUAUGGUGGAGCGUCGAAAGAUGCAUCGGAGAAGAUUAAAACAUCCAUGCUGAUAUUCAAGAAGUGUCUUUCUGAUAAUACUUGCGGUUCGGCCCUUUAUGGCCUUAAUGUGUGUAAAAACUCGACCGUGUUGGGAUAUGAAAGACUGUACAAGGCCGUACUUCAAACCUACCUGGGGAUAUCCAAAUUCAAUUACCCAUGGGUUGAUAAGUAUCCAACCGCGGAUCCGUUAGACAACCUCAUCGGCAAGACUCUCGAAGCGAAGACCGUAGGCGAAGUACUGCGGAUCCCACUUCUUGCAACUUCGUGGGGUAACGAGUCGUCCUGCAUCGAUGCGUUCAACGCCAAUAUUUCCAGAGCCAGCUCGGGGGACAUAUCAAGCAAUCAACCGGCGUUCGAAUACAUCACUUGUGGCUUUUAUCCUAUAAAUGACCGAUCCAUUCCUUCGAGCAACGUCUUCCCGGAAACAUUCGCUCGGGGAAAUGUGGACGUCUGCAUCAACGCCGCUUGGAAAUCCGCCGAUUACGGCAGAGAUAACGAGUACUUCCUGCAGAAAUACGCCAUGACGAAUGACCUACUCGACUCAACAGAGAGGCUUCUCAUCGUCCAAGGCGGGUACGAUCGUAAUGCGGCCAUAGGAUCACCCAUUUUGACCGUCACGAACUUGUUGAAUCACUCGCGGGUGAUACUAGUAAACGAUAUCGCGCAUGCAGAGGACGCGGUAUCCAAGUCCAUUGAACCUAGGGGACUGAAGCCGCAGAUGGAUCAGAUCCGGGAUGCUAAGUUGGCGCACCUCAAAGAAUGGCUGGGUCAAGGCAAUCAGACUAAAGACUCUGAGAAUUCGGCUUCAGCCCGCUGUUCCAUAUCGUUCUUGGGUUCUAUCACAUUCAUCAUUCUGAGUUUGCUUUGA